CGCUGGAAUAGUUUUCAGCUGGUUGCAGAGGUGAUCGCUUGUGUUUUUGGGUUUGGACUCUGUUGUGGUGGAAAGGCAAAAAGAAACAGCUGUGGAUGUUCCUCCCGCAUCAUAUCAAUCACCUAGAGGGCCAUUGUGGUCCCGUCCUGUAAACGGCGCCAGUGCAGGCAGGCAGGCAGGCGGAGAAAGAAGAAGAGAGAGCAGAGGGAAGAAGGGGGAAGAGGGGGCAGGGUGGCUGCAGGGAGAAUCAGGGGGACAGAAUGGUCGGGGAACAGCCUGGAUGCCCACCUCAGCUCCUCCUGUGGGGCUGGGGAGCUCUGCUGCUGUCUCAGUGCCUGUCCUCGGUGUUCUCCCAGGUCCCGGAUCCUGAGCUCUUACCCACAGAACCCCCGAAGAAGCCGGACCCUGUCACUUCGGAGACUGUCGUUUUCUGGGGGCUGCGACUAUGGCAGGUCAUUGGCAUCUUUUCAGUGUUUGUGUUGGCUGUUGUUAUCACUCUGUGCUGUAUAUUUAAAUGCCGGAUCCCCCGGACAAAAAAGGAAAUCGAGGCACGGCAUGCACAAAGACAGGCUGCCAAAAAAUAUGCCAACACAUUAGAGACAGUGCCACCUCUGAAUGAGCUGACUGAGGUCCCAGGAUCUGCAAAACCAGAAGAAAAAACUGAAGUUCCAACAGUAUCUGGGAAAGUGGACGGUGAAAAAGGAGAAAAGAAGAGCAAGGAGGGAAAGAAAGAAAAGAGUGCCAAAGAAGGGAAAGGGGAUGACAAGGAUGCUUCUACAAAAAAGAAGGGGGAAAAGGGGGAGAAAGAGGAAAAGGGGGCCUCCAAAAAGGAAGGUGGCGAAGGAAAAGGGAAGAAGGGUGACAAAGGAGAGAAGGUGGAAAAAGGAGGCAAAGGAGGUGCUAAAGGAGGAGGCAGAAAAGCUCAAAAGUGAACUCUGGUCCCUUUUAAACGAAGAAAAACAGUUUUAUAUUUUGCUCAGCAAAUACUACACUUUUCUAAUAUAAAAUUUGUACAUUGUACUUAAAAUAAACUUGAAUCCAUGUUAAAAA